CUUCCAGUAGGGAAAGUGCAGAGGUGUCAAGCAGUGGGUGAGAGACAUAGGGACAAUCUCACGACUGGAUGACUGUUAAGUCAGAACUCUAAAGGUGUUUCCACGGAUUACAGUGAAAAAGUUACUGCCUGUUUUUCUGUUUUUACUCUUUAUGGAUUUCAAUUUAGUUCGUUUGAUUUUCUUCAUUUUUUUUGUUGUUACGAAAUGUUCAUUUUAUUCACAUAUCCGUCGUUAAAUUAGCUUGUCUGUACAGUUGAAGAGGUACACAUAGGGAUAAGGCUGGCUGCGUUUUUCAAAAAAGUUGCCCCUUCUGUCUCUCGGACGUUGGUCAUCAACCUUUCGGUGACCUUUUUUCUGUCUCGAUUGGGUGUCCUAACGUGAUUAUAUCAUGAGUUCCAAGAUAGUGAACUCAACCCCUGGAAAGUCAAGCAUGAUGGAUAACCUAAACGACUGCACUGGUGCCGGCUUGGACCACAUUCAGAAUCGCAUCGAGUCUCUGAGCAGUAAAAUGGACAGGCUGAUCAAUAUCCAGGAGAAGGUCCUCAAUCGGCUGGACGGAAUAACCCAGGACAUCGACGGUAUCGAGAGGGACAUGGAGACUCUGAAGGUGGACAACGAGGAGAUCCAUAUCCCUGCCAGAGCCCUAACUCUACCCCUGGCUCAGACCCAGGGCACAGGUGUGGUGGGCGAGGUGAGAGAGAUGUGUCAUGAGAUGAGCUCCAUCAUGAUGGCGUUGGACCAGCGCUCGGAGAAGCAGGCUGAGAAGCUGGACGGGAUGGAGAAUCUGGUCCUCAGCAUCCAGCAGGUCAUCAGAUUCAUCGGGGAGACGGUGAAGAGCUCCCGGGUUAUGGAGCUGAUGUUUAUGCGUCCUGCAGCACGCAAGGCCUCCAAGUCCAAAGACAGUAAGGGCAAGGUGGCCAUUAAGAGGCAAUCGUCUGCAGAAAAGAGCGAGAGCUCAGUUACUAAGAAGACCGACAAGGUGAGAUUGGAAGCUCAAACUGCACUAACCAAAGAGGUGUGUUUGUGCAGGUCUAUGUAGACUAUAUAAAGGGUUCUUUAAUAAGGCACUUUAUGAACUCUUUACUCAACGACGCUCUGGAUUACGUUCAUGUGAAUUUAAUAAUAAAACACUUGUGUUCAGGUUUUAAUUUAGAAUGGAUUGAUGUUAUGGAUGUUGUGAUGGGCAACGUAGGUUAGAUGAAUUGCUGGAUUCACUGUUUCCCCAUGCUCCUGCAAAUUACAUGUCCUUCAAAAAAUGUUGUGCACAUUCUAUUCAGGCUCGGAGAUAAGGUGCUCCAUGUUUCCAUGUUUGGUUUAUGAUUUGGUUUAGUUUUAUGACUUUGGCACUACAGAGGAAAAUGAUCAGAGCAGCAAAGCUGACUAGUCAAGUGGAGUUCUGUUUCCUAAGGAAGGAUUGUGGCUUGGCUCAUGCUAUUUUUCCUCAUGAAGUGAUGGAAGAUGUGUCAAAGCAAUAUGACUUUGGGACAUAGCGAUCUCCACUGCUUGUAUAGUGCCAUGCAGAGCAGGCCAUAUUGUAUGGAAGGAGCCAAAGCCUUGACACUUACAUUUACAUUUAAGUCAUUUAGCAGACGCUCUUAUCCAGAGCGACUUACAAAUUGGUGCAUUCACUUAUACCCAGUAUUGAAAUUGGUGGGGAACAUUCCACCACCUCAUGAUCAAGUACAGUGGUGUAUGAAAAACAGUAUCUGUUUACAAUGCUCAACCAAAAGGACUCAAAUUUGCCCCCACUUUUCACCACCUACAGUAUAAAAUGUAUUGCCCUGCUCAUACUGUACAUUAGCCUACAUUCUACGCUACAUUGUCCCCCACAUUCUCCUAUACAUUCUUCCUUGGCCUAUAAUGUGGCCACAGGCAUCUGGGAUAAUGAGGGUAAGCACCCCCUGGACGGCAUGAGAGGGCCAAUGUGGGGCCAGGGCUGGAAUGCGUGGGGCCAGGUUUGGUAAUGCUGCUGUUGGAGUUCACCUGCAUGCUGCGGUGUGCUUUUGGUCUAAAAUGGCCUGAAGCCCCUGACUAGUAAGGAAUUAGGUGUCAACAGAUUGUGAUUAGUCAGUUUGUCUAUCAAUCUUUCUCUCUCCCUCCCUGUCCUUCUCAUUCUCUACCUCCCUUACUUUCUGUGUCUCUAUUUCUAUUGCCAUCUCUCUCUCUCUCUCUCUCUCUCUCUCUCUCUCUCUCUCUCUCUCUCUCUCUCUCUCUCUCUCUCUCUCUCUCUCUCUCUCUCUCUCUCUCUCUCUCUCUCCCUCUCUUUCUCUCUGUCACUCUCUCUAUCUCUGUCUCUCCCUCUCUUGUUUUCUGUAUGUCUUUCUCUCUAUUGCUGUCUCACUCUCUCAGUCCUGUGGUGGCAUGUUGAGAGGUCCCAGGGUAGUUAUACUGUAGGCGUACUAUGGUUUCAGUGAUGAGUAUUGAGUUCUGUUACCUAUAUAUGCAUUACAAUUCAGAGCAUCCCCCAUGUACAUUAUUUACCUCCUGUGUUUCAGAUAAAGCUAUUCAUAACCCUUUAUUAGCAAUCCAGCCAUGGUAACCGUGUCAAACAGCCAUUGAUUUAAAGGGUCUAGUAAAUGAUUGCACUUCACACUGCGUGAUACAUUUAAGGCUGGCACAGAGGCUGGAACAGAGGCUGGCACUGCUUCAGAUGUGAGUGGCUCAAAAUAAGCAGGAGAUGAUUGACCUGUAUAGGACAGUGUGCUUUUAAUGGUGGAGUGGUUGUACCCGGUAGAUGCUGUGUUCAGGUGAUCGGUCUUACUUGGGGAUGGAGGGCUGGGCCAGUAAAAUAAAAUAUCUCAAUUUGAACAGUUUCUCACAGCAGUUAAAUAAUCCUGCAGCAACAGGAAUGUGAAUGAUUAUGUAAAUUAUAAUUAAUGGACAUUUUUGUAGGGGUUGAGUCUGACAUUUAAAAGUGGAAAUUACAAACUUUAGAGGCCUUUUUUUAAACCUUGCAUGUACUAUAGGUUCGCAUUUCCUGCUGCGCAGGAAUAGGUACUGGUGUAUCUGUAUCUGAUAAUUGUAAUGUAUUCAGACCCUUAUUUGGUUAGAUAAGGAUCUUUCCAUUUCAACACAGUUCUAGCACAAAACCGCAAACUACGAUACCGACUUGACAUUUUCAGCUUGAUUUGAGGUUAGAACUCAAACAGCAACUAAGUGGUCAUGUAAGUCCACACGUUAGGGCAUACAUACCUCUGUGAUUGUCUAUUGGCUACUGUAUGACUCAGAUCACCAGGAAUUCUAGUUGUCGUCAGAGCUCUCAUCAGGUGGUGCCUCCAGCCUCCGGCUGUCUCCCUUCACCUCUAAGGUGUGAGAUGACUGUCUACCGCAGACAUCUGUCACUGUGGUCACCCUAUACACACACCACACAAACCACACACAUAUCGUACCAAGGCCCCCCAUCCUUAGAUUUGUCCUUCAGGAAGAAACACUGCUGUCACUGUGGAAACCCCCAUCCUCAAAAUAUCUCCUCUGCCUUACUACUGAGCAGUGCUUACCUCACAACCAACAACACGCCUUGAGAUACGUUUUUUAAGAUGUUGACCUGCUCAUAAAAGGAUUGGAGUGUUUACUAUAGUACUGGGUAGCCCCUCUGGUUCGAAUUCUGUUUGAGAAGACUUGUUUGGUUGGUUGAGGGCAAUUUCUCCGCUCAGGGUCAAUAUUGCAUUCCAUCGCUCACUGUGACAAGUGAUAAGCAAUACAUUCACAGCCUCGCACAUAUGUACCAACCUAUCCAUUCAUCUGCUGUGGACAAUCAACAUCACGCUUUGACUGAAACAAGUUUGGCUUUGUAGUUUGUAUAAAUACAGUACCAGGAUGCUAACCUGAAUAAAACAACUGAUCAGGCUAGGCUAUAUGUUUUGAAGGUCACUUUAAUGUUUAUUUCAUCUUUAACAUCACCUUCAGUGAUUCAUUUUAUUCAUUUCAUGUAUUGUAACAAGUGUUUUCAUUUUUCAUACUGUCAAAUGUUCAUGUUCAUUUGUAACCUACCUCCCUCACCACCCCUCACCUUCCUCCUUACCCUCCCUAACAGUGUCAUAAUCCAUCUCAUGUUGCAUGCCAUUCACGCUGUCCAACUAGCAUUGCCAUGUUGUCUGUCUCCUUAACAGAAAAAUACCUCUACUAAAGCCACUAAAGGGACUCAAGGGAUGAUAACCACUAAAUGUGAACCCAAACCUAAUACACCGGAGACCACUCACAGUCACAAGACAACAAAGCUCCACGGACCAAAGCAUUUCAUCACAACUCGCAAACUCUGCAGAAACUUUGUAUGUGUUAACUUGCUCACAGAAAACAUGUUUAUCAUGAAGUUUCUGUGCAGUAAUACUGUAAUUACAUAGUGGUAGCGGUUUCAGGGAAAUAUACAUAUUUUACCUAGUUUUGAAGAAUGUUGACAUGUAGACCAAAUGCAGAACGUGAUGAUCUUAUCUCUCGUUCUUCCUUUAGCCAAAAGAUCACAAGGGGAAGGAUGGGAAGGAGAAGUCCAGUUUGAGCACAAAGGGUCUGAAAGCACAGAAGAAGAAGCCCCCAGAUACAGCAGGUGCUCACAUCACAGCACAUUAAAAUGUGCCAACAAUAGCACACAACCAUACAACACACACACAGUGACCUUUACCAGUCAAAACAAACUAACUCACACACAGCAGCACUCACAACAUGUAACAUGUGAGAUGUAAACAACACAUGUGUUCCGAAAUCUUAGAGAGCGGGAGAGGAAAAUAGACUUCUUUGAAUGAUACUAUCUUGGAGCCACAGGAAAGGGAACCAACCGGCUAGUCACAACAGUCUUCCUGUCAGACGUAAACAACAGUAUUCUACUAACAAGUGACACCGAAACAUCAAAGAGAAUAAAACAGAUCAGACUGACACUUCAGACAACCACCUGCCAUCAUCUUAGGAGGAUACUAGGAGUGUGUUGACAUUCUGAGAUAUUGUGCAAUCAUCUGAUUUAAAGUUACCAAAGUGAAAAUCAUGCAGGUGGUUGAAUUAAUUAUAACUGUAUCCCCUUGGCCGUUCUGUUUGUUCGUAAGCAGACACCAUCUCCCUGAGGAAGCAGGCGUUGCUGCUGAAUGAGGUUCAGAAGCUCAACAGGGAGAAUGCAGAGAGAUCAUCAUCAUCAAGUCACCAGCAGCAGCAGCAGCAGCUUACCCCUGAUGGCCUCCUGGACCUGGAGGCUGGAUCUGGAGGGGCCUCAGAGGGGUUGGGGUCAUCGCAGACCGAGUCCCUCAGCCCGAACCAGCUGGACUUGAUCCUCGAGGGCCCCAAGGCCCCCGUGACCGAAGAGGAGUCAUUGUCUGAGGAGGAGAGGGAGGCAGCAGGAGAUGGACUAAAAGUGGAGGAGAGGAAGGAGGAGGAGGCCGUAAAGAAGCAAGAGAAGGAAGACCACCUCAGUGAAUCCAAGUUCAAGGAAGAGGAGCGAGAGGAGAAGCUGUUGAAAAUCACUGAGCAGCCUGAGGAGGUUAGAGGAGCAGAGGAGAGAGAGGGGAACAAACAUGAGGAGGACAGUGCAGGCCCAUCAGAAGCUGCUGAUAUGUCAGUAAAGGAUCUCCCUCCUCUCCCACCCUCCCCUGAAGCUCCAGGAGAGACUGGCUCCAUUCCCGAGAGGUAGAGUAUCCCUUCUACCCUCCUCAAUCCCUUCCUAUUUAUUUUAUUUUGUAUUUCUUUCUCUGUCUCUCACUCUCUGUCCCUCUCACUCUCUCUCUCUAUUUCUCUCUCUACUUCAGUACCAUUCACUCUGUGACAUCUCUCUUUCACAUACACACACUCCACAUUUCUCUAAUUUCUAAAACAUGUCUGUCUGUUCCAGCUGUGAAGUCCACAACAAAAGUGCCUCCUCUCAGUCUCUGGAGGCAGCAGAACAGGACCAGAUGGAAGAGGGCAGCACCAGCAGUAAGCGUUGGGUGACAGAGGAAGACCUGGGGGUGGAGGACCACAAGAAGAGUCGGGUGGAGGGAGGAGCAGGAGAGGAGGAUGAGAGGGAGGGGGAGAAGGAGGAGGGGGAGAGGCAGCAGGAGGAAGAGGAUGGAGAAAGGCCAGAGGAUGAGAAUGAGGGAUGGGGCGUCUUCAAGGCAGACGGGGUGGAUAUCCGUGUGGAGCUGAAGGAGAGGUUGGGGAAAGAGAAGAAGCCGGAUCAGUCUACAGAAGUCAGGCAGUCUACUGGGGAACAGUUCUUCAUUGGUGAGGACCAGCAUCUUUAUGGGGUACUGUGGCUUUAAGUCUGGGGGAAAGGUGAUACGUACUGAGGGAGGAACUUGAAAUGUGCAAGCUCAACUCGACGAUUCCAUAAAUCACACAUUAAUCUCAGUGGAAAACUGGAGUUACGCAAACAGAUAUUAGGAUUCAGGCCUAAUAUGAAGUCCAAUAGAUUGCUAAUAUGGUGGCAAUUACUUUAUCUUUUUGUAGAAAAUAUUCAUAACCUUAUUGAAUUAGGGUAUAAAAACAUGUUUUCUAGGAGUAACAAAGUACGAGAGUACUGUAGUUUGCAUAACCACCAUUGUAUCUUGUUUCUCAUGUUUACCACAGUGUGUUAGUUAGCACAGGGUGAUAAUUUGAUUAUGAGGUACCAUUACUAGAGCCACAUGCUAACUGAUUAACAAUACAGCUUCUAUUUCCCCUCCAUGCUACUGUUUGCCAGGGCUCACUUGAAAAAUUGAUGUAAAUCUUAAUGUGACUUCCCUGGUUAAAUGGUUAAAAAUGUAAUCAUUUUUUAUCACAUCUCCCUUAAGAUAAAAGCCCUCCUCCUCCGGCUCCAUUCAACCAUCGGAUAGUGUCGGCCAAACCGAACCAGAUCAGCAACUUCUACACCAUCAACAGAGCAGAGAUUCUAGGAGGGUAAGUGUUCCUAUCCUGUUCCUAGCGAUACAUGAUGAUUUGAACCACAAGGUAAAGUUCAAAUGACUUUUCAACUGUUUAACUUCAAAUUCAAGAACCAUUGUAUCCAUCCGCAAUAACAGUAUUAUUUAUUACUGUGAGGUUACAAAGAGUAACGUAAAAUAGUGCCUGCUUAGGCCAAUCGCUCCCCAGAGAGCAAAGGCCAUCAACGACUCCUCUACAUCGAACUCUGUUCUUCAUCGUACUGAGUUAUUAUACAUUUGUCAAUUAGUCGAUUCUCCAUAAAGUCUUUUGGAAACGAACCCAUGGAACAAAUCAUAUCUGACCUAGAUCAUAGAUAGAGAGAGAGGAACAGAGGUCCUUAACAAUGUUGAGUUGCGUAACCCUCCCCUCCACUCCUCUCUUCUCCUCUCCCCUGGUUCAUAACUCCAGAGUCAGGGCAGUUAUUUUUACUGAAAGCCUUCGGGGUAUGUGAAACCAUACCCCCACUGUCAACUGGGAGCUAAUCGCUAAGUGUUAAUCCAAAUCUUCAAAGAGAGGCCCCUUACUCUCAUUUAAUGAAAUAAAGGAGAAAUUAACAAUACAAUAUCUUCACAAAAUGAUAUUACUUUCCUGUAUUGGAAGAUAACUGAUUUUGUAUCCGAGGACAUACUGAUGAAAUAGUUCUGAUAGUUCAAGUAGUUCAAGUUCUGACUGAGAUCCCCCUCCAUUCAGGGGACGUAUUAUCUGGAUGAGUAACAUUCUAGGAUUUGUGACUUACAGGUAGAGGGAGUAAGGUUACGUUAUAAAUAAGAAAACGAUACAGACAGGUGUAACUCAGAAACUUGGAACUGAAGACACCUUAAUUAUUUUUCCGUCUCUCUCUUAGGGGUCGUUUUGGCCAGGUGCACAAAUGCAUGGAAAACUCCUCGGGUCUCACCCUGGCUGCCAAGAUCAUCAAAGCCCGGAGUCAGAAAGAGAAGGUACAAAAUCUUAAUGAGUAAAUGUACUUGGAAUUUAAACGGACAACACUACACUUGUUAAGGUUUUACAAUUUUUCUUCAAAGGCUAUGUAAAAACCUCUACACACCUUGCAGCUUCCUUGAAAAAUUAAGUCGUUUUGAACUACUUUUAGAGUUCGAACCUACUGUAGUUUUUUAAAUCCAAAAUGUGGAAUUAGACAUCUGAACAUAACACUCUAAAAACCUUUUCACUCUACAGAAGCGGAUGGAUGGGGAAUAUGUUUCUUCCUCAUUUUCUGGUUAAUAAAACAUUUGACCCAGAAAAGAGGAGCCGUACGUUGCCUGCUAGCUGCAAGCAAACAUCUGACACCUCUCAUUGUGUGGUUGGUGUGUGUUUGGCAUGUAGGAGGUGGUGAAGAAUGAGAUCACGGUCAUGAACCAGCUGGACCACGCCAACCUGAUCCAGCUCUACGCCGCCUACGAGUCCAGGAACGACAUCAUCCUGGUGCUGGAAUAGUACGUUCCCUCCACAGAACUAAAUAAAACAUAUCAGCAUUACAUUGUACACUAUAUAUACAAAAGUAUGCGGACAUCCCGUCAAAUUAGUGGAUUGGAGUAUUUCAGCCACACCCGUUGCUGACAGGUGUAUAAAAUUGAGCACACAGCCAUGAGAUCUCCAUAGACAAACAUUGGCAGUAGAAUGACCUUACUGAAGAGCUUUCAACAUGGCACCGUCAUAGGAGGCCACCUUUCCAACAAGUCAGUUCUUCACAUGUUUGCCCUGCUAGAACUGCCCCGGUCAACUGUAUGUGCUGUUAUUGUGAAGUGGAAACGUCUAGGAGCAACAACGGCUCAGCCACGAAGUGGUAGGCCACACAAGCUCACAGAACGGGACCGCUGAGUGCUGAAAUCGUCUGUCCUCGGUUGCAACACUCACUACUGAGUUCCAAACUGCCUCUGGAAGCAACGUCAACAAAAGAACUGUUCAUCAGGAGCUUCAUGAAAUGGGUUUCCAUGGCCGAGCAGCCACACACAAGCCUAAGAGCACCAUGCGCAAUGCCAACUGUCUGCAGUGGUGUAAAGCUCGCCGCCAUUGGACUCUGGAGCAGUGGAAAUGCGUUCUCUGGAGUGAUGAAUCAUGCUUCACCAUCUCGCAGUCUGACUGACAAAUCUGGGUUUGGCGGAUGCCAGGAGAACGCUACCUACCCCAAUGCAUAGUGCCAACUGUAACAUUUGGUGGAGGAGGAAUAACCUUAACGCUACAGCAUAAAAUGACAUUCUAGACGUUUCUGUGCUUCCAACUUUGUGGAAAAAGUUUGGGGAAGACCCUUUCCUGUUUCAGCAUGACAAUGCCCCCGUUCACAAAGCGAGGUCCAUACAGAAAUGGUUUGUUGAGAUCAGUGUGGAAGAACUUGACUGGCCUGCACAGAGCCCAGACCUCAACCCCAUCGAACACCUUUGGGAUGAGUUGGAACGCCGACUGCGGGCCUAAUCGCCCAAUAUCAGUGCUCUUGUGGCUGAAUGGAAGCAAGUCCCCGCAGCAAUGUUCCAACAUCUAGUGGAAAGCCUUCCCAAAAGAGUGGAGGCUGUUAUAGCAGCAAAGGGCGGAUCAACUCCAUAUUAAUGCCCAUGAUUUUGGAAUGAGAUGUUCGACGAGCAGGUGUCCACAUACUUUUGUUAAUGUAGUGUAUGUCUAUGGUUGUCUGUUCCUUCCCGCAAUGUUUUCUCAACCCACAUCUUUAAGCUUAAAAAUGUUUUAUGCCAUGUUGACACUGUAGAUAGAGAAUACACGAUAGGUCAGUGCACUAGUAUCUUUAAGUCGGUGGAUUUUGAGGAAGCUUGUUUGACAUUAAAUUAUUGUGAGUGUGUUCAGGAAGGUACAGCAGCAUUUUGAGUGUACUGAUACAGACCAUGGUACAUACAGGCUUUACUUCCUAGCAACCAAAAGCUCAAGUCAUGUUUUUGGCCAAUUUGCUUUUUAAGUUUCUGCAGCAUCCUAAUGUGUUUUUGUGUGUGUGAUUGCAGUGUGGAUGGAGGGGAGCUCUUUGACAGGAUCAUCGAUGAGAACUACACCCUGAUGGAGUUGGACACGGUGCUGUUCAUCAGGCAGAUCUGUGAGGGCCUGCAGCACAUGCACAAGAUGUACAUCCUCCAUCUGGACCUCAAGGUAGACUACCACACUAGUGUUCAGAUCAGUGUUAAUGUGCCAGAGUUAAUUGUUGUCCAUAGCCACUGAUGUUAUUGAUAGCAUGUCAGAUUGUACACAACAGGUAACAAUGAUUAUCAUUAUACUUGUGUCUUGCUAUUGUUUCACCUUGAAUUAUGUCUUUUUUUUGUUGUGUUUUUCAGCCAGAGAAUAUUCUAUGUGUGAGCAGAGUCACAAAUAAAAUCAAGAUCAUCGACUUUGGACUUGCCAGAAAGUAGGUUUCAUAUUCACAUGAAUCGCUCAUUUUAAUUUGCAUAAUUGUAUAACAUACAGUUGAAGUCGGAAGUUUACAUACACCUUAGCCAAAUACAUUUAAACUCUGUUUUUCACAAUUCCUGACAUUUAAUCCUAGUAAAUAUUCCCUGUGUUAGGUCAGUUAGGAUCACCACUUUAUUUUAAGAAUGUGAAAUGUCAGAAUAAUAAUAGAGAGAAUGAUUUAUUUAAGCUUUUAUUUCUUUCAUCACAUUCCCAGUGGGUCAGAAGUUUACAUACACUCAAUUAGUAUUUGGUAGCAUUGCCUUUAAAUUGUUUAACUUGGGUCAAACAUUUUGGGUAGCCUUCCACAAGCUUCCCACAAUAAGUUGGGUGAAUUUUGGCCCAUUCCUCCUGACAGAGAUGGUGUAACUGAGUCGCACACGCUUUUUCAGUUCUGCCCACACAUUUUCUAUAGGAUUGAGGUCAGGGCUUUGUGAUGGCCACUCCAAUACCUUGACUUUGUUGUCCUUAAGCCAUUUUGCCAAAACUUUGGAAGUAUGCUUGGGGUCAUUGUCCAUUUGGAAGACCCAUUUGCAACCAAGCUUUAACUUCUUGACUGAUGUCUUGAGAUGUUGCUUCAAUAUAUCCACAUAAUUUUCCUUCCUCAUGAUGCCAUCUAUUUUGUGAAGUGCACCAGUCCCUCCUGCAGCAAAGCACCCCCACAAAAUGAUGCUGCCACCCCCGUGCUUCACGGUUGGGAUGGUGUUCUUCGGCUUGCAAGCCCCCCCCUUUUUCCUCCAAACAUAACGAUGGUCAUUAUGGCCAAACAGUUCUAUUUUUGUUUCAUCAGACCAGAGGACAUUUCUCCAAAAAGUACGAUCUUUGUCCCCAUGUGCAGUUGCAAACCGUAGUCUGGCUUUUUUAUGGCGGUUUUGGAGCAGUGGCUUCUUCCUUGCUGAGUGGCCUUUCAGGUUAUGUCGAUAUAGGACGUGUUUUACUGUGGAUAUAGAUACUUUUGUACCUGUUUCCUCCAGCAUCUUCACAAGGUCCUUUGCUGUUGUUCUGGAAUUGAUUUGCACUUUUCACACCAAAGAACAUUCAUCUCUAGGAGACAGAACACGUCUCCUUCCUGAGCGGUAUGACGGCUGCGUGGUCCCAUGGUGUUUAUACUUGCGUACUAUUGUUUGUACAGAUGAACGUGGUACCUUCAGGCAUUUGGAAAUUACUCCCAAGGAUGAACCAGACUUGUGGAGGUCUACAAUUUCUUUUCUGAGGUCUUGGUUGAUUUCUUUUGAUUUUCCCAUGAUGUCAAGCAAAGAGGCACUGAGUUUGAAGGUAGGCCUUGAAAUACAUCCACAGGUACAUCUCCAAUUGACUCAAAUGAUGUAAAUUAGCCCCUAAUCAGAAGCUUCUAAAGCCAUGACAUCAUUUUCUGGAAAAAUUCCAAGCUGUUUAAAGGCACAGUCAACUUAGUGUAUGUAAACUUCUGACCCACUGGAAUUGUGAUACAGUGAAUUAUAAGUGAAAUAAUCUGUCUGUAAACAAUUGUUGGAAAAAUUACUUGUGUCAUGCACAAAGUAGAUGUCCUAACUGACUUGCCAAAACUAUAGUUUGUUAACAAGAAAUGUGUGGAGUGGUUGAAAAAUGAGUUUUAAUGACUUCAACCUAAGUGUAUAUAAACUUCUGACUUCAACUGUAUAUGAUGUAUCGCUGCAUGCAGAAUUAAAAUAUUGUAUUUGUAUUGAUAGAUUCCCAAUAAAAAUAAACAUGUAUUCCCCCUAGAUACAAACCCAGAGAGAAGUUACGAGUAAAUUUCGGCACCCCAGAGUUCCUGGCCCCAGAAGUUGUCAACUACGACUUUGUGUCAUUUAACACAGACAUGUGGAGUCUGGGAGUCAUUACAUAUAUGUUGUAAGUACACACACACACACACACACACACACACACACACACACACACACACACACACACACACACACACACACACACACACACACACACACACACACACACAAUAAAGAUUCUUCCUCUUCUUCCACAGGCUAAGCGGUCUGUGUCCCUUCCUAGGUGAUGAUGACAAUGAGACUCUGAAUAACAUUCUGGCCUGCCAAUGGAACUUUGAAGAGGCAGAAUUUACAGACAUCUCAGAGGAGGCCAAAGACUUCAUCUCCAAACUCCUCAUCAUCAAUAAAAGGUAUCGUACAUCUGCUUGAUUUCACAAUAUAUUGCACAAUGUAUACUGUAUAUUUUGCAAUAUAUUGCAAUAUAUUUUUGUUCUAUACGUUUUACAUCUGUUUGUACGUACAGUACCAGUCAAAAGUUUGGACACACCUACUCAUUCAAAGGUUUUUCUUUAUUUUUACUAUUUUCUACAUUGUCUCACAAAGACACAGCGGUUGGAACCAAAAAUCUCCAAUUUGGACUCAAGACCAAAGGACACAUUUCCACCGGUCUAAUGUCCAUUCCUUGUGUUUCUUGGCCCAAGCAAGUCUCUUCUUCUUAUUGGUGUCCUUUAGAAGUGGUUUCUUUGCAGCAAUUCGACCAUGAAGGCCUGAUUCACACAGUCUCUUCUGAACAGUUGAUGUUGAGAUGUGUAUGUUAUUUGAACUCUGUGAAGCAUUUAUUUGGACUGCAAUUUCUGAGGCUGGUAACUCUAAUGAACUUAUCCUCUGCAGCAGAGGUAACUCUGGGUCUUCCAUUCCUGUGGCGGUCCUCAUGAGAGCCAGUUUCAUCAUAGCGCUUGAUGGUUUUUGCGACUGCACUUGAAGAAACGUUCAAAGUUCUUGAAUUUUUCCGUAUUGACUGACCUUCAUGUCUUAAAGUAAUGAUGGACUGUCAUUUCUCUUUGCUUAUUUGAGCUGUUCUUGCCAUAAUAUGGAGUGGGUCUUUUACCAAAUAGGGCUAUCCUCUGUAUCUUGCAUGGAGCCCCAGGCCGAGGGAGAUUGACAGUUAUUUUGUGUUUCUUCCAUUUGCGAAUAAUCGCACCAACUGUCACCUUCUCACAAAGCUGCUUGGCGAUGGUCUUGUAGUCCAUUCCAGCCUUGUGUAUGUCUACAUUCAUGUCCCUGACAUCCCUGGAGAGCUCUUUAGUCUUGGCCAUGGUGGAGAGUUUGGAAUCUGAUUGAUUGCUUCUGUGGACAGGUGUCUUUUAUACAGGUAACAAGCUGAGAUUAGGAGCACUCCCUUUAAGAGUGUGCUCCUAAUCUCAGCUCGCUACCUGUAUAAAAGACACAUGGGAGCCAGAAAUCUUUCUGAUUGAGAGGGGGUCAAAUACAUAUUUCCCUCAUUAAAAUGCAAAUCAAUUUAUAACAUUUUUGACAUGCUUUUUUCUGGAUUUUUUUGUUUUUAUUCUGUCUCUCACUGUUCAAAUAAACCUACCCUUAAAAUUAUAGACUGAUCAUUUCUUUGUCAGUGGGCAAACGUACAAAAUCAGCAGGGGAUCAAAUACUUUUUUCCCUCACUGUAUCUCACUGUGUGUUUGUGUGUGUUUUUCUGCAGUUGGAGGAUAGGUGCCUCUGAAGCGUUGAGACAUCCUUGGCUCUCUGAUGCAGUCCUCCAUCACCGUCUUCAUGAAAAGGUAAAGGACACCCACUAACUUCUUAUAGAGAAGAUAGUAUGGUAUCACAGCUGUUAUGCUAUUACUACCAUAUUAUGUAGUGGUGUAGUUCUACUAAUUGGUUUGCUGUGUUUUAGACGUUUUUGUAUUUUAUUAUUAUUGACUUAACUUUGUGUUUUGCCUCUGUGUUUUACAGAAGAACAUGUGUAACCGCUCACGCAGAUCUUCAUGCGUACCCACCACAGAUAGUUGAGGUAAUUCUCUAACCCUUCCUCAUCAAACCUCAUCACACAUUUUCUCCACUAAGACAGAAUCCUACUGCAUAUUUGAACAAUUGUGCAAAUACCCCAUAUAGUCAAAGGUGAUGUUUUCCCCAAAAAAUAUUGUUAUGUCAGGAUUCAGCCCACAAUCUCAACAAAACAAUGUCCUCCUAGAGACAACCAGGUGGAGGCAUGUCUCAAUAUUUGCCCAUGACUGUGACAAGAAAUUCAGAUCAAAUUUAGCCCAGAAAUGUUGACAUUGCUGAAACUGAACUGUUUCCUAUCCCGUUAUGUUUUGAGCAGCAUGAUGACUUGACGGCGCCAGCGGUGGCCACUUGGACCAAGCCUGCUGUACACCUGUAGAACUAUCUGAGCUUACCUGUCUGUACACCUUUAAAACUACCAGAGUUUACCUGUCUGAACACCUUUAAAAGUAUCAGCGCUUAACUCUGUACACCUGUAGAACUAUUGGAGCUUACCUGUCUGAACACCUUUUAAAACUACAGGAGCUUACUUGUCUGAACACCUCUAGAACUACCAGAGCUUACCUGUCUGAACACCUUU